AUGACUUUUGCCAAGCCUGCUCAGAGCAUUCCGGAGCAAAUCUGUUUGAACAUAGAGCAGGAUGUGUGGCAGAAGCUUGCGUCAAUCGAAGAACCAGUACUAUACGCUGGGGCGGACUGUGAUCGACAUUGUGAGUCGGAUGAGCUGCCAAGAAUUUGCUACUUCAAAUGGAUGAUGGAGAACUAUGCUGCUAUGGGAACAGUCUGUGGAGAUUGUAUCCGAGGUAACAGAAGCGAUUGCUUCCACCCACAAUGCGUAACGGCCAACGGAAUCGAACGGGGGAUUGUCUCCAUUAACCGGAAAGUUCCGGGACCCUCAAUCGUUGUCUGCAAAGGUGACACAAUCGUGGUGGACAUAACCAACGAAAUGGAAGGCCAAGCGGCGGCUAUCCACUGGCAUGGCUUCCAUCAGAUGGAUUCACCUUGGAUGGAUGGAGUGCCGAUGGUAACGCAGUGUCCGAUCGUGUCCGGAACUCAUUUCCGGUACAGUUUUAAGGCGGAAGAGCCUGGAACCCAAUGGUAUCACUCACACUCCGGGUUCCAGAAAGCUAAUGGCCAUAUAGGGGUAGCUGUUGUGAGAAAUCCAAAGGAUGUUAACAUCGACUUGUAUGAUUACGAUUUAACGGAACAUGUGAUGCUUUUGUCUGAUUGGACGAAAGAAUCGGUGGAGCAAUGGAUCCCUGGACAACAGAGCUCACAAAUGCAGGUUGACUCCAUUUUGAUCAACGGAAGGGGGAGGUUUUAUAAUGUAAGUUACGAGAAGUACGAUCGUGUACCAUUGACUGUAUUUCGAGUGGAGCCAAAGAAACGUUAUCGCUUUCGGUUGAUCAGCGGAGGAAGUCAGUAUUGUCCUUUCCAACUUCAGAUUGAAAGUCAUCGAAUGAAAAUCAUUUCCACUGACGGUGGUGCGGUGAAACCACAAUAUAUUGACACUUUGAUAUCGGUGUCAGGAGAGCGGUAUGAUUUUGUAUUGGAGGCGGAUCAGAAACCAGGAAAUUACUGGGUGAGAGUUCGCGGUAUUGGCUUCUGUGAUCCACAGUUCGUCGAAGGUUUUGCGGUUUUGACGUAUGCUGGCCCUGAAAUACUUACCGAAGAUUUGGCGUUUCCGAAAAUAAAUCCUCCAGAUUUCGACUCCGAGUACCCUUUGGGGAUCGUGUUGAAUAAUCAUUACGCUCCUUGUUACACUCCGAACGACAAUUUCAUCUGUGCAGCGGAUCUCGAAUCACAUGAAGUCCAUCGGGAUCAUGAGCUGAUCGAUGCAGUACCGGACAAACGGCUGUUCAUAGGAUUCGAAAUCAUUAAAGCUAACAAUAGCUUGUUGUUUGCCAAUAUGGGAGUUCAUUAUGUUACAAUAAGGGACUCACGAAAUGUUUUCGGUACCGUCAACAAUAUAAGUUUCGUCAAUCCUAGUUUCCCAUUGUUGAUUCAACCCGAACUUAUAACAAACGAACAGGAACAGUUCUGUAACGAUACGAAUCUCCCGAAAAAAUGCGACAAAAACUAUUGUUUCUGCACCCACAAAAUGAACGUCAAACUGAACGAAAUUGUCGAGAUCGUUCUUUACGAUACGGCGGUGUGCAAGCAAAAUUUUUACCAUCCGUUUCACCUUCAUGGGCAUAGAUUUACCAUCGUCGAUAUGGGUCAGAUUCCUGAAAAGAUGCUGGAUCGACGGUUAGAAUACCUUAAGCAACGGCGACGUUUCACCCGACGGCCGAACAGCCACAAUCCACCCUAUAAGGAUACUAUCUCGAUUCCGAAUCAUGGGUUUGUGAGGACCAAAUUUAGAGCAAACAAUCCAGGGUUCUGGCUAAUGCAUUGCCACUUCGAGUGGCAUAUGGCCGAUGGGAUGCAACUGGUGCUACAGGUUGGUGAAAUCGAUCAGAUGCUAAAAGCUCCGGCAGAUUUUCCUCGCUGCACCGAUUUCAAAUCCAAGAUUAAGGGAUUGGAUUAG